AACCUAUUGCUCGGAGGCACGGACACCUCAGCAACCACAGUCGAGUGGACAAUCCUCGAACUCCUUAGACACCCUCACGUAAUCGAAAAGGCUAAAGACGAGCUCAACAGGGUCAUCGGGAGAAAGAGAUGGGUAAACGAGUAUGACUUCUCUCAACUACCCUAUGUAGAAGCCAUCAUCAUGGAGUCGCUUAGACUACACCCGCUCGCCACUUUACUCGCGCCACAUUACGCGCUUGAAGACUGCAAAGUCAAAGGCUACAACAUAUCAAAGGGAACAAGUGUCCUAAUCAACAUGUGGAGCAUCGGGCGGGACCCACAGGUUUGGGCAGCACCCGAGGAAUUCUCGCCCGAGAGGUUUUUAGGCAAAGAGGUAGACUUGUUGGGUGGUGAUUUUGCACGUUUGCCGUUCGGGUCGGGAAGGAGGAGAUGUCCCGGGUAUAGCCUCGGGCUUAAGAUGGUCCGAAUGACGUUGUCUAAUUUGCUACACGGGUUCGAUUUGAGAUUGACCGAGGGCAUGAGCCGUGAGGAUAUAUGCAUGGAGGAGGAGUAUGGGCUAGCAACACAUCCCAAAAUCCCUAUCUCCAUAGUCAUGGAGCCUACUCUUCCAAGCCACCUUUACUGA